AAGCAGCAUCCGUGGUGUGGUCCAGGUCAGGGGCAGCGGCGGCACAUCACCCACGCUGACAUCAAACUUUUUGAUAAAAGUGUGGUUUGUUCUCGAAGGAAACACACACAAAGCAAGGUUUGAAAAUGUCUGGAGACUCGUGGGCAGUGGCUGUCGACUUUCAAGAAGCUACAACUCCCUCCGUGCAGUUUGACUUCUCUAAAAAAGUGGAUCGAGUGCGGGGCACACGUAAUAUACGAGGAGACAUAAAUGGCAACAUAGUGCCAGAGAAUAAAGAAAAUGGAGGUGUGAGAAAAGAUGGGGACAAAGUGGACCUGGCAGAGCAGUCUCUGUUGAAUAAACUCAUCCGCAGGUCUCUAGUCCGGAACAGAAACCAGGUGGAGGUCCUGCAGAGGGACCCCACCUCUCCUCUGUACUCUGUGAAGACCUUUGAGGAGCUCAGGCUGAAACCAGAGCUUCUGAAGGGUGUGUACACCAUGGGCUUCAAUAGACCAUCUAGGAUCCAGGAGAGUGCCUUACCCAUGAUGUUGGCACAGCCACCUCAGAAUCUGAUCGCCCAGUCUCAGUCAGGCACGGGUAAAACUGCUGCCUUUUCUUUGGCCAUGCUCAGCCACGUGAACCCCACCAACAAGUGGACUCAGUGCCUUUGCAUCGCGCCAACCUACGAGCUCUCACUGCAGAUUGGUCAAGUCAUCGAGCAGAUGGGGAAAUUCUACCCCGAUGUGAGGCUGGCAUACGGCAUUCGUGGAAAUAAAAUGGUGCGAGGCGUCAAGUUGCAGGAGCAGAUUGUCAUUGGAACUCCAGGCACAAUCCUCGACUGGUGCACCAAAUACAGGCUCAUUGACCCGAAGAAGAUCUCCAUGUUUGUGCUGGACGAGGCCGAUGUGAUGAUUGCCACCCAGGGUCAUCGGGACCAGAGCAUUCGUAUCCACAGACAGCUGACAAAGAACUGUCAGAUGCUGCUGUUCUCUGCCACCUUUGAGGACUCUGUGUGGAAGUUUGCAGAGCAGGUAGUUCCCGAGCCGAACAUCAUCAGGCUGAAGCGCGAGGAGGAGACGCUGGACACUAUAAAGCAGUUCUAUGUAGUCUGCAGGGAGAAGGAGGACAAGUUCACAGCUCUUUGUAAUCUCUACGGCAGCCUCACCAUCGCACAGGCCAUGAUCUUCUGUCGUACUCGUAAGAUGGCGGCUUGGCUGGCUGAAAACCUGACCAGAGAAGGCCACCAGGUGGCGCUGCUGAGCGGGGAAAUGACUGUGGAGCAGAGAGCUGCCGUCAUUGAGCGCUUCAGGACCGGAAAGGAGAAGGUGCUGGUGACCACCAACGUGUGCUCCAGAGGUAUUGAUGUGGAACAAGUGUCCCUCGUGGUCAACUUUGACCUCCCAGUGGACCUGGAUGGGAACGCUGACAAUGAGACGUACCUGCACAGGAUCGGGCGCACAGGACGCUUCGGCAGACGAGGGUUCGCUGUGAACAUGGUCGACAGCGAACACAGUAUGGAUAUCAUCAAACAAGUUGAGAUGCACUUCAACAGAAAAAUCACAAAGCUGGACACGACCAAUCUCGAAGAAAUAGAAGCUCUGAUCAGCUGAAUGCUUCGCUCUUUGCACUCCCCAUCACUGAAGCAGUGUUCCCUGUGACUCAAGUUCUUUCAGGAGUUUAUUGUUUGCAUUUUAUUGUUUACAGAAAAAAAAUUUGCAUGCUGAAUUUGCAAACUUUUUUCAUGGCAGAUAUUUGUGCCAAAGUUUUCACUUGAAUUUAAUUUGAUUUGUCCAUCUUGGAUUGUUCACUGAAGUCACCUUAAGCCUUAAAGCAGUCUCUCCUAGACUCUAAACCCACCACAGGCUGUUAAAACAGCAUUCAAGAGUGGUGAUGAUAAUACUACAGGUUGUUUGUUUGCUGUGUUGUUUGAUUGUUUGAAGUGAAUUAUUAUUAUUAUUAUUAUUGUAGUAUCGGGAUAAAGCAAUGUGUCUUAUCUUCAGACUUUUGCAUUGCUUAUGCAAGGUUGAGUUCAGAUCAAAUAUCAUUGAGGGACUUGAAGUAUUUUAAGAGUUGAAUGCACGUUUCAGCUGAAUAUUAAGUUUCCUAAUCUCUUGAGUUGGUGAUAAAUCAAACUGUGAAGCCGGAGCUGUUGCUUGGUUUGUGUGUGUCCAAAGAAAAACAAAUAAAUACUGUGGCACUUCAA